AUGUCAAUUCCAAAUGAAGCUCUUCAAAAGCUCGUCCAUGAGAUCGAGAGCCAGGCCCUGGUUGCUCAGCAGCAGAUUGGGUUGACCAAAUCUCAAGUGGCCUCGAAGCAACGUGAACAACGUCUCAUCAAACUUACGCUGGGUGAAGUAUCGAGCUUGCCAGACGACACAGUCAUUUAUGAGGGCGUUGGAAAAAUAACAACUCUGCCCGAUGCUGACGAACAAAGGUUUGCCUCAUUACCUGUCGAUUCACUGAGGGAAAAGCUAGAUGUCCAAGGGAAAGACAUCGAAGGCGAGGUCGAGAAACUCAACAAGCGACUGCUGUAUCUCGAAACGACCCAGAAGAACAGCCGCGAACACAUUGAGCAAAUGCUUCGGGGUCGCUGA